AUGAUCUCGACUAUUUCAAUUAAACCGUUUGUGCUUACUACAGCCGAGGAGCUAAUACCGUGGGAUCCCCACACAAGGCACUGUUACUUUCAAAACGAGAGAAAACUAAAAUUUUUCAAAGUUUACACUAAAAAUAAUUGCAUCUUGGAGUGUCGCAGCGUAAAUAUAUUGUCGCAGUGUGGCUGUGUGCCUUUUUACUACUUAAGAACGAAAAACACGCCAGUUUGCGGACCUGCUAAAAUGCCAUGUUGGGUUACCGCGUCACAGGCUUCGUCGGAUUCAUGUGAUUGUUUACCGGGAUGUACUGAAUUUUUUUUCAAAACGUCAUCAAUGAAUGCGCAGCUCACUGAAGCUGCAGCUCAAAACAAAAAUAAAAAUGACUCGGCACCUAGUUCGUUGAUAUUGAGUGUUUAUUAUCAGAGUAAAAAUUUCAUUGGACAUAAUCGAAUAAUGACUUUUACGUUCGGUCAAUUUAUGGGUAAUGUGGGUGGUAUAAUGGGAUUGUGCUUGGGGUUUAGCUUUUUGAGCUUGGUUGAGAUUUUUUACUUUUUAACACUCAGACCACUGGUGAACUUUUGUAAUGCAAAAAGAAAAUUGAAAAAGGUUGACCCAACACGCGUGUUGGGAGAAGAGCCGAUUUGA